UUUGCCUGAAGCAAGCCCCUACGCUUUGUUACGUUUCUCGCCACAGCUCCCCGCCAAUCUCGCCAUCCGUUUCUCCGCUCUUCAUCUCUCUCUCUCGCUCUCUCUCCAUUUCCCCCGCUCCAUACAAAACACAAGAAGAAAUAUAUCUCAAUGUCUUGACUACAUUCCCCAAGACCAUCGCCACUGAACCAUGUCCCUCCUCUUCCUCCUCUCCCUCUCCCUCCCCCUCCUCCUCUCCUCCUCCUCCUCCUCUCCCUCCAUCACCCCCGGCGCCGGCGCCGGCGCCUACCCCUUCGACACUGCUUACCACAUAGACUGCGGCGGUUCUACCACCACCAUCGACCAGUUCAACACGACCUGGCUCUACGACCGCAACUUCACCGGCGGCGUCACCGGCUUGGUCUCCGAGCCCCUCCGCUUCCACAGCCUCCACGAGAAGACCCUCCGCGUUUUUCCUAUUUCCUUUGGCAAGAAGAACUGCUACAUCGUCAAUCUCCCCAACGGUCGCUACUUGUUCCGCACUUUCACUGUCUACGACAACUAUGACGCCAAGCGCCACUCCCCCAGCUUCGAGGUCUCCGUCGAGGGUACCGUCGUCUUCAGCUGGCGCUCCCCGUGGAAUGAGGAAGUCAGCCGCGACGGCGCCUACUCCGAUCUCUUUGCCUUCGUCAAAGACGGCGAAGCGGACGUGUGCUUUUACAGCAUUGCCACCGAUCCCCCGAUAAUCGGGUCUCUCGAGAUUGUGCAGGUCGAUCCGUUGUCGUACGAUUCGGCUUCGGUCGGUGAUAAUUAUCUUUUGGUCGAUUAUGGCCGAUUGUCGUGUGGGUCUAAUCAAUGGGGUCCAGGGUUUACCAAGGACACCGAUUUGUUCGGCCGAUCUUGGCAAUCCGAUUCCGCUUUCCGUUCAACGAAUUCUAAAGGGGUCAAGGCGGUGUCGACUGUGAAAAAGAUAAGCGGUACGAAUCAAGCACCGAAUUAUUUUCCGAUGAAAUUGUACCAGACUGCGGUUACCGGAGAAUUGGAGUACGAAUUGCAGGUGGAUGCGAAGUUGGAUUACUUGGUGUGGCUUCAUUUUGCUGAGAUUGAUGAGAGCGUGAAUCGGGCUGGGCAGCGAGUGUUUGAUGUGAUGAUCAAUGAGAAGAAUGUGAGUAGGGUUGAUAUAGUCAAGCAGGUUGGUAGUUUUGCUGCAUUUAGUUGGCAUUACACGGUGAAGAAUUUGAGUAGCACCAUGUUGAGUGUGAAACUUGUGCGAGUUGUCGGUGUCCCAUUGGUUAGUGGGCUUGAGAACUACGCGCUGGUUCCUGCUGAUCCUUCAACGGUUCCUGAGCAAGUGGUAGCUAUGAGAGCAUUAAAAGAGUCACUUCGCAUCCCUGAUAGAAUGGGUUGGAAUGGUGAUCCUUGUGCUCCUACUAUUUGGGAUGCUUGGGAGGGGGUUACUUGUCAUAUUAACAAUGAAUCUGCUCUUGUUGUCUCACAAAUAGAUCUUGGGAGUCAAGGAUUGAAAGGGUAUAUAAGUGAUCAGAUAUCUCUUUUGUCAAACUUGGUAAACCUGAACUUAAGUUCUAAUUCAUUGGGAGGUACUCUACCCUCAGGGCUAGGUCAAAAGUCUCUAAAACAACUGGAUUUGUCAAACAAUCAGUUAUAUGGACCAAUACCGGAUAGUCUAACUGCUUCAAAACUGCAGCUUGUGCUAUUGAAUGAUAACUUAUUGGUUGGUCGAGUACCAGAGGAAAUUUAUUCAGUUGGUGUCCAUGGUGGAGUUAUUGAUCUUUCUGGUAACAAAGGUUUGUGUGGCGUACCUUCUUUGCCGCCAUGUCCUCUGUUAUGGGAAAAUGGUCAUCUAUCCUCUGGCGGGAAAAUAGCAAUAAGCAUAUCAUGUUUCUUCAUUCUUUGUAUGCUAUUGUUGGUGAUGUACAUAUGCUGCAUAAGGAGGGGAAACAAUGAUUACGACUUCGGUUUACCACAGGAUUUAAUGGCACUGGCGGCAAAAAGGAACAGGUUUCAGAGGCAGAAAUCAUUGAUGCUUCUUGAAAUGGAGAGUCAGCAUGCUAAAGGGAUACCAGUAAAUCUGCAUCACCGCUAGUUUGUACUGUUUCUCAUAGAAAGGAAAACAUUAAUGUGUUCUCUUGUUGUCCCGUCAAAGCAAAGGGUGUAGUUGAGGAACGUUGAAUGAUGAUAUGCAAAUGCUCCAAUACAGUAUCCAUAUAUGUUGUGAGCUGGAACACAGCUUCAGAUAGAUGUGACUUCAUGGGCUAUUGGCUUUUUGCUCAGAAGAAAGAGAGGGCGCACGACGUGGGUCCUUGGAAACCCUUUUCUUUUCUUUUCGUAGUUUUGGUUUUGUGAAGUAUGCAGUGCAUCUCAUUUUAUUCUUGAAUGACAAAGCAAAGAGCAUUUGCCAACCCAAUGUAUAAUACCCAAUUUUCGUCAGUUGAUGAAUAUAUGAAUGAUGUUAUUCUGAUCUCAAAGCAUAUAAAAUGACAGACACCACACACUUGUAUCAA